AUGUCCUACAUCGUCCCUAUACACCAUGCAAGUGGUGUCCGACAUGCCCUCAAGUUGAAAUUUCUCGAACCCGACGUUGAUGUCCUUGUGGUUGCCAAGGCCAACAGAGUCCACAUCUACGAACAAGGUCCUGAAGGCUUGUCAUUGUUAUACACCAAGAAUGUCUUUGGAUACAUCAUAAUGCUCAAGAGCUUUCGCCCCGCUUCCUCCAAAACCGACCAUCUCUUCAUUGGCACAGAUCGGUACCAGUACUUUACAUGUUCCUGGAACGCUAAUAUCAAGCAGCUACAAACCGAACAGAGUUAUGUCGAUUUGGCAGAUAAAGUUCUCCGUGACUCCAAAGAGACGGACAGAUGCCACAUAGAUCCUACAGGUCGGUUUAUGACCCUGGAGCUGUACGACGGCGUGGUUACUGUCUUGCCCUUCAUCCAGCCUUCGAAUAAGCGCCAGAAGAGGGAGACCACCUCGCCUUCACAAGUUGGAACGCUGGGGGAACCUGUCCAGGUCCGGAUAGAAGAGCUCCUAACAAGAGAUACAGCGUUGGUAGCCACAGACCCUCAAGGAAAGGAGCCUCCUCAACUAGCCAUACUCUGGGAAGACAACUCUGGGCAACCUCAAAUGAAAGUGAGAGAACUGAAAUACACUCCUGGUGGAGAGCAGGCUACAGCUGAGUUGGACACUGUCGCGGAAUUGAGAGAAGACCAGCUUGACCAUGGAGUCAGCCAUCUCAUACCUGCCAAUGGUGGCUUUUUGAUAUUAGGUGACCAUUCGAUUCGAUUCGUCGACCGCGGGUUGAAAAAUGUUAUCACUCAAGAUCUGGGUGAUGACGCCACAAUAUGGUCUUGUUGGACUCAGAUCGAUCAGCGCCGGUGGUUGCUUGCCGAUGACUUUGGAAAGCUUUUCUUCCUCAUGAUAGAGGUCACCGAUUUUGAAGUGUCAUCAUGGAGGCUUGACCCCGUGGGAGUGGCUUCCAAGGCAUCCUGCCUAGUUUAUCUCGACGAGGGAUAUGUGUUUGUGGGAUCCCACUCCGGAGACUCGCAGGUUGUUCAUAUUGAGGAGGAGGGCGUCAAGGUAGUCCAGACCUUUUCCAAUAUCGCACCUAUCUUGGAUUUCACAAUCAUGGAUCUCGGUCGAGGUGCUGAUGGUGGACAAGCACCAGAAUUCUCUUCAGGUCAGGCCCGAAUUGUGGCUGCUUCCGGCGCGUGGCAGGACGGUACCAUCCGAAGCGUGAGAAGUGGGGUGGGACUUGAGGUUAUCGGUAGCAUCGGAGAGUUGCCUCAUAUACUGGAUCUUUGGUCUCUGAACUCGAUGGGUCAAGGGGACUUCCAUGACACUAUUGUCGCGACAUUUGUGACCGAGACUCGAGUCUUCAAAUUCGACUCGGAGGCUGCAGUGGAGGAGGUCGGUGAGUUUCAUCACUUCGAAUUCGCUCAGCCAACCCUUUUCGCUGCCGACCUACCCGAUCGAAAGUUGGUACAGGUAUUUGAAGGUGGUAUCAAACUCACAGAUCUUGAUUCGGACAUGCUCAUGCUUGAUUGGAGACCCCCAGAUGCCGAGGCAAAGUUGACAGCGGCGUCAGCGAACUCUGUUCAUCUUCUUGUCGUCGAGGGUGGCCAUACUCUUCAUGUCUUCCAUACCGCCAACCACGAUUCCAAACCCACCAUCUCAAAAACCUUUCCACCAGAUUCUCAGAUAUCAAGUAUCACCGUCCCAGAAUCACAGAGCAACGUCUGUAUUGUUUCCUUCUGGCAGACUGCGUCGCUUGCUAUUCUAGACUUGCACUCUCUGGAAAGCCGUUGGGUACAGAGUCUUGGAACACCAGGAAUAGAUGUUCCGCGAUCAGUGCUCGUUGCCAAUGUGCUGCCUGAUGCGCCCCCUACUCUAUUCGUAGCAUUGGCUGACGGAACUGUCCUGACAUAUUCGUUCGACCCAGCAAAGAACUCUUUGUCAGGUAUGACCAGGAUUUUACUAGGCACGGAACCGGCUUUCUUCAAAGCGCUACCCAGAUCGGUCGAUGGGGACGUGAAUCUGUCUCACGUCUAUGCUUCAUGUGAACAACCUUCCUUGAUAUAUGCUUCCGAAGGCCGCAUCAUCUAUUCUGCCGUCAAUGCUGAAAGUGCGUCAAGAGUGUGUCACUUCAACUCCGAAGCAUAUCCUGAUGCAAUCGCCCUUGCCUCCCCCAAAGAACUACAACUUGCCCUAAUCGGUAAAGAGAGAACCACACAGCUUCAAACUCUACCGGUACGAGAAACCGUCAGAUGUCUAGCUUAUGAACCCAAAGGACAAAUGUUUGUCAUGGGUUGUGUUCGUCGGAUCUUGGAAAGUGGAGAAGAAGCACUUCUCAGUUCGGUCAAGAUCGCCGAUGAGAUCAGUUUCAAAGAAUUGGACUCUGUCGAAUUACGAGACAGAGAAUUGGUCGACUGCGUCAUCACUACCGGCUCGCUUGACAUAGAUGGCUCAGAUGAAUCCAUAGAAAUGUUUGUCAUUGGAACGAGUAUUGUGGUGGAGGAUGAUUCAGGCCGUGAGGUUGUGAGAGGACGAAUUAUUGUCUUCGAAGUCAACAAAGAGAAAAAGCUGAAACAAGUUACUGAACUGGAAGUUCCGGGCAGCUGUCGGAGUUUGGCCAUGUGCGAAGGCAAACUUGUAGCCGGUUUGCUGAAGACGGUUGUCUUGUAUGGACUUGCCCCGUCUCAAACGAGAGGGAAGCACUCACUGGCCUUGGUCAAACUAGCUACGUAUCGCGCUUCAUCCAACCCCCUGUCUCUAUCAGUGACAACCAAAACGGACACCACGCCAGCCCUGAUCGCUGUUGCCGAUAUCUCAAAAUCUCUGUCGGUGCUGAAAGUAGUACCUCCAGAUGAAUCGACUCCUGAGCAUCAACUGGUCGAGGUCUCAAGACAUUUCGCAACGGUAUGGAGUACGGCAGUUGCAGCAACAGUGGAGCAUGAGUGGUUACUUGCCGACGCAGAGGGCAAUCUCCUCGCUUUGAGACAGAAUCGUGAUGCCAUUCACGACCCAGCCUGGCGCCGAAUGGAGGUCAUCGGAGAGUUCCGCUUAGGCCAAGUGGUGAACAAAAUCGUGCCCGUCUCCUCCAAACCAGGUCCAUCAGACGUCCCCGAAAUCAUAACUUCGAACGACCCCUCGGGAGCAGCCACGGCCCACACCAACGAUGCCAUCCCACGCUCCGGCCCCCUCGUGACUCCACGAGCAUUCAUCGCGACCAUCGAAGGCGCGAUCUUCAUGUUCGCGACCAUCAACCAAGCAUACGUGAACGUACUGCUAGUCCUGCAAACCUCCCUGGCAACCCGCAUCCAAGCGCCGGGAUACAUGCCCUGGGCGAAAUACCGAGCAUGGCAGACAUCGGUGUUGGAGAAGGACGAGCCGUUCCGCUUCGUCGAUGGGGAAAUGCUUGAGCAAGGCCUUCUCGCCCUCUCGGACGACGAGCUCCAGAGCGUCCUGGAGGAAGCUGGCCUGAGUGACAAGAAACACAACGUCACCGUCGAGGAAGUGCGUGCUUGGGGCGAGGAGCUCAGACGCUUGUAUUAG